GAGAGUCUCUGCUCGGGGAAACACUUGAACUUCCUCAUAGCGUGACCGCGUCUUCUAAGGUGAUCGCAACGUGCUUUUCCCUGGACAGCCAUGGCUUCUGAAGAACCCAAAGCAAAGAAAAUCAAACUUUCAAAGGAGGAGAAGACAGAAUUUCCCACCAAAAAGGCUCCUGCCAAACCAAGCCCAAAUUCACUCUUUGGGAUGGGCAAUCCCCUCCUGGACAUCAUUGCUGUAGUGGACAAAGACCUCCUGGACAAGUACACUCUGAAAGCCAACGAUGUGAUCCUGGCUGAGGACAAACACAAAGCCCUCUUUGACGAGCUUGUGAAGAAGUUCAAAGUUGAGUACCACGCAGGAGGAGCCACCCAGAACUCUAUAAAGGUCGCUCAGUGGAUGAUCCAAGAACCCCAUAAUGUGGGCACAUUCUUCGGCUGCAUUGGCAAAGACAAGUUUGGAGAGAUCCUGAAGCAGAAGGCUGAGGAGGCCCACAUCGACGCCCACUACUAUGAGCAAGAUGAAGAGCCCACAGGGACGUGUGCUGCUUGCAUCACCGGAGAUAACAGGUCUCUGGUUGCUAACCUAGCUGCUGCUAACUGCUAUAAGAAGGAUAAGCAUCUAGACCUGGAAGAAAACUGGAAGCUGGUAGAAAAGGCUAAAGUCUACUAUAUUGCUGGUUUCUUCCUGACUGUCUCUUUGGAGUCCAUCCUGAAAGUGGCGAAGCACGCCUCUGAAAAUAACAAGCUGUUUUGCCUGAACCUCUCUGCGCCCUUCAUCAGCCAGUUCUUCAAGGACAACCUCAUGCAGGUUAUGCCCUACGUUGAUGUGCUGUUCGGCAAUGAGACAGAAGCAGCCACUUUUGCUAAAGAGCAAGACUUUGAGACCAAGGACAUAAAGGAAAUUGCCAAGAAAGCCCAGGCUUUACCCAAAGUCAACACAAAGAGACAGAGGAUUGUGGUUUUGACCCAGGGGAAGGAGGAAACUGUUAUGGCCCUCGGUGACAAGAUCGACACUUUCCCUGUACUGAAGAUCGACCCCAAGGACAUCGUUGACACAAACGGUGCAGGCGAUGCCUUUGUAGGAGGUUUCCUGUCCGAGCUUGUCCAGGAGAAACCUCUGGAUCAGUGUGUGAAGGCGGCACACUACAGUGCCAACGUCAUCAUCAGGCGAGUAGGCUGCACCUUCCCAGAAAAACCCGACUUCAAUUGAGGAUUCCCGAAGAACUUCUUGUUCUGCCUGAAACCUCACACUCACUCUGCCUUCGUAACUGACCCAAAAACAGCCCUCAAUUUUUUUAUUAUUUUUUUUUUUUAAAAUCAGCCACCCGUCCAGGUUAUUUUUUUGAUAAUUUCUUAUUAAUUGAGCGUCCGGUGCCUCCUGAUCUGUGUCCGUCUCUGUGUUCUCCACUUGGGGCCACUAGAGGAUUGUGCAGCCAAGUACUGGGGGAAUUCUGUGUUCUCUUUAAAUUACCAUCAAGGAAUCACAGUAACAGGGAAAUUUAAUAAUUGUGCUUCACACAAGGCAUCCAAAUGAUAAAUCCUGUUUUCAUGGACAAUAGUUUUGGGAUUGUUUCUAAAUGUAUUUUGGCUCCGACACUUCCAGCAUCAGACUUUGCUGCAAGCACUCGUCUUGACAUCUCAAGAGUUUGUGUCUUCUCCUUGGAGACAGAAUCUAAGCACAAAAGCCUUUUCCAACAAGAGGACACAUUACACUCAGAGGACUAAAGAAUAAAACACUGCUGUCAAGGGAAGCUUUGGGUACGGCACUGAAAUGUGCAGUAGUGAUGUGUUUUAUGACUUGAGUAUUGUUUAGAUUUAAGUGAACAGGCCAGUUGUAAAACCGAAUGGUUUUUACGUGCACACUUUAUAAAUGUGUCAAAUCCUCUGCCCACUGAGUCCUGUGAGAACUGAUAAAUGUUAGCUUUGCUUGAUGUUCAUGAGUUACUUUGUUUUGUCCAGGCUGUUUGUGAGGAGCUGCUUCAAGGAAUGAGUGCCUUUUUCUCGCCCUCUUAAUAUAUUGCACGUUUUUCAGACUUGAUGCACAGAGGUGUAUAUAUGUUACAUCAACCUGCAUUUUUCUGUGCAUGAAAACUUGAAAGCUCGAUCAGUGAUGGGCAACUGGUGGCUCACGGUGGUGUAAACGGACACAUAAAAUUUCUAAAAUGCACGUAAAGCAUGUUGGAAAGAGAUUAUCUGAGGAAGUUCUUUGUCUGAGGAAUACAGUGGAUAUCAAACAUACCCUUCUCUAUUGUUUAUUUUUCACUUGAAUUAGCGGGUGUAAUAAUCUAAACCUAACUAUGGGACUGUCAGCUUUGUUGGAUCAGAUAUGAAUGAAACGGAAAUCUGCAUUUUAAUCUAGUCCGAUAUUAAUAUUUUACAACUUGACAGUUGCUAUAAAUGAAACAUGCACAAGAAAUUACAAACAUAAGCUAACUGUGAUAUGGGGCCAAACAUUUCAAAGCAUCUGUAUUUGCAUGAGUUUGUGUUAUGUUGUGCUCUGUGCGACGCCGAAUACUUGAACAUAACAACCCUGAAUACAGACAAAACCGAAAGCAUUCACAAAAAUGCAAGAAAUAUGUGCAGUUUUCUUAUUAGUGCAACUGGUGUUUUAAAACUUGUGCGUCUAGUAGUACUAAUACAUCAUGUCCCUCCAUUUAAAUGGCUGUUUACUGACAGAUUCAGAUGCACCAAAAAGCCUUAUGUGACCUUGUACUUCUGGUCUCAGUAACGCUCCAGAUACCCAUCUCUGCGGGCGACUGUGAUGACUGAAACUGAAAAAUAAAACACAUGUUGUUUAAUCUUU